GGCAUCCUACCUCCAGUUGCUCCAUCCCCCUUUUGCUUCCCUCCAUCUAGCCAAACUAGUUUGAGUCAGCCACACCCCAUUCCGAGCUCCUGGGGCUUUUCAGGAGGUGGCUGGCCACCCAACCCCACCCCUGGGCUUGGCUUGGAGACCUGAGUCAGCUCCUUCUCCACCCAAGCCAAAUCAAACCUGAGGCAGGAGCCGAAACUCACAGUCCCUCAAGGCCUAUAGCCAGGUGAUGGAGGACGAGGAGAAGGCAGUGGACACCUUGGUGAGCAACAUGGAAGCUGCUCAUUCUCCAUCCCCCAUCCGCUGCUGCUGGCUCCGCCUCCGCUACCUGGCAGCUACUAGCAUUAUCUGUGGCUGCUCUUGCCUGGGAGUCGUGGCCCUUGUGUUUGCCAUCAAGGCGGAAGAGCGGCAUAAGGCAGGCCGGUCCGAGGAGGCAGUGCACUGGGGGGCCCGGGCCCGGAACUUCAUCUUGGCCAGCUUUGCCGUCUGGCUUGCUGUCCUCAUUCUGGGCCCUCUGCUUCUGUGGCUGCUCUCCUACGCCAUCGCCCAGGCUGAGUGACCCUGGGUGGCCUCUGCUGAGAGUCAGCGAGACCUCCUGGAUCCUGCAGUGCGGCAUUGCUAGGGUCUGGGGCGAGCAGUGGUCCUUCCUGUCUGGAAGGAUGGUGCCUCUCUCAAAGGGCUUUGGAAGAGCUCUUCUAGACCUUUCUAAAAGGAGGCAGCAGCUGAGACUGAUGAGGGGAGGCCAGCCUGCUCUGUUCUUUCAGUGCCCACCACCCCCUAAUUCCCCCAGCCCAUCACAUCCUAGGGGCCUCAACCCAGAGGUGGGGUUGAAAACCAGGCCUGAUUUUAUUAGAAUUUGUUUUGUAAUAAAAAGCUUUUUUAGUGGUGAAA